AUCAAGAUGGCCAAAGUCAAAGCAGCAUUGAAGGGUUAAACGCUAAACACCUCUUCAAACUUUCAUUCUAGACUUCUUUGGUCUUUGGUAGUGUUAUAUAUUUUCAUUCACAAAUUCCAGUGUCUAGUCUUUAUUGAUUUCUCAUCCCAGCUGAUACUCAUCAACAAGCUCUCACGAAGAAACGUAGAGAAGAAAUUAAACAUGGCUUCCGAGGGAGAAAGCACUUCUCCAUCUCUACAAGACACACCUGUUUGGGCUUUGGCAAUCGUUUGCUUUAUAUUCAUCUACCUCUCGAUCUUUAUCGAGUACUUGAUCCAUCUUCUUUCCAAUUUGCUCAAAAGACACCGAAAGACUUCUUUGUUUGAAGCUGUGGAGAAGCUUAAAUCAGUGUUGAUGUUCUUGGGGUUCAUGUCUCUUAUAUUAGCCGUAACUCAAAGAUACAUUGCCAAAAUCUGCAUACCCAUCAAUCUUGCAAACUCAAUGCUUCCUUGCCGUAAAAGUGCAUCAAUAGAAACUACUAAAGCAGUAGGAUUUUCUCACAUAGGGACUGGCACAUUUGAACAUUCAUUGCAGGCAAAAGAUGCUUUUGGGGAUAUUCCAUGGCUAGAAAGAAGAUUGACAGAAGCUGACACUACUACUAGUACUGGCACUAGCAAUUCUGAUUAUUGUGGUUCUCAAGGAAAGACAUCUUUUAUAUCACAAGAAGGGAUCCUUCAGCUCAACAAUUUCAUCUUUGUGUUAGCGAUCAUGCAGAUUGUCUAUAGUUUUCUGACCAUGGCUUUAGGAAGGGCCAAGCUUGGCCCCUUGGAAAAUAUUGAUGGCUUUGCCGCUGAACGUCACUUAUCUUUUCAGAUGAGGCGCUGGGAAGCUUGGGAGAAAGAAACUCAGACAGUUGAAUACCGAGUAGCUAAUGAUCCCGAUCGAUUUAGAUUUACAAGACAAACAACCUUUGGGCGCCGACAUAUGAGUUCUUUUACAAGAAUAUCAUUCCUUCUUUGGAUUAAAUGCUUCUUCCGUCAAUUCUUCAAUUCAGUAGCCAGAGUUGACUACCUCACUCUACGCCACGGUUUUAUCUCAGCCCAUUUGGCAGCAAAUAACAACUACAAUUUCCAAAAGUAUAUACAACGAUCGCUGGAGGAUGAUUUCAAAGUUGUAGUGGGCAUCAGCCCUGUAAUGUGGUUUAUCGUCGUCAUUUUCAUACUUGUGGAUGUGUACGGUUCGCAUUUCUACCUCUGGGUAUCAUUUAUCCCAUUAAUUACAGUGCUAACUCUUGGAACCAAACUCGAAGUAAUUGUAGCGAAAAUGGCUAUUGAACUCAAAAAUCAGACUCAUGUAAUCAAAGGAGCACCUAUGGUGCAACCCAAUGACAAUCUCUUCUGGUUCAAUCACCCAAAAUUUGUCCUAACCCUUUUACAUUUUACUUUGUUUAUGAAUGCAUUUGAGAUUUCUUUCUUUGCUUGGGUCACGUUACAAUAUGGAAUAAAGUCUUGCUACCAUGAAAGCCCUGAAAUUCUCAUUAUCCGGAUGGUAUUAGCGGUGAUAGUUCAGGUCUUGUGCGGCUACAUUAUUCUUCCCCUCUAUGCUCUUGUAACCCAGAUGGGAUCACAAUUCAAAAGCGCGGCGCUAGAAGAUCAAACAGUGCAUGUUAUAAAGAAAUGGUAUGCUGAAUCGAGGGACAAGAAGAAACGAAAACAAGAUCUUUCACAAUAUGGUCCAGAUUAUUUGUCUACUCCAUCAAGCAGCAACAGAACCUUUAGUUCCCCCGAUUUGUCUUCUCAUCAUCACAUUCACCGGGUGCUAACAUUCUCUGAGAAUGUCACCCAUGUUUCUAGCGAAAUUGAAAUUGUUGAAGAACAUCAAGAAAUUCACCAAGCCACAGGCAUGGAUAGUUCAAAUAAUAUGGCGCAAAUAGAACUGACAGAGGCCACUAAAACUCAAAAUUAGAGUUUUAAGAAUGAAAGCCAACAAGAUCAAGAUGAUUGCCUAUUUAGAGGGUUGGGAGCGGGCUUUUUUGACCAAGUUCAGUUUAUGUAUGUACUAGCUCAUCUGUUAAUUAUAAAUAUCUAUAAAAUAGCGUUGUAUACUUAAAAAUUUGAAAGUUGGUUACUGUUGUGCAAGAGGGCCUUCCAUACAA